ACGUGGAUGAGCAAAAUCGGCUAAAUAAUCUGUUUUGGAGAGAUGUAACAUGUAGGAUAGAUUAUAUGUGUUUUGGAGAUGUGCUAAUAUUUGAUGCGACUUAUCGGUCGAAUGCGUAUCGGAAGCCAUUGGUGAUACUAGCUGGAGUUAAUAGUCACUUUCAAACAACAAUUUUUGGUUGUGCAUUGUUGACUACUGAGACUGUUGAGGCUUAUACAUGGGUGUUGGAAAGAUUUCUUGAUUCCAUGGACCACAAGAAGCCUGUGUCCGUGAUGACCGAUGGGGAUAAGGCUAUGCGGAGAGCAAUAAAAACUGUGUUACCUAAUGUUAAUCAUCGUUUAUGCAAAUGGCAUCUUAAAAAAAAUGCUGUCAGUAAUGUCCAUGUUCCCGGAUUCUUAGCUGACUUUGAGAAAUGCAUGUCAUUGUCAACUGAAGAAGAGUUUGAAGUUGCAUGGAAGAAUCUUUUGGAUGACUAUAGCCUUCACCAAAGCCAGUGGGCGGUAGAUGUUUAUAAAAAGAAGACCUUAUGGGCAGAGGCAUACCUGCGAGGUAUUUUUUUUGCGGGUGCAAAAAGCACACAACGUGUUGAGGGAAUGAAUGCAUACAUGAAUCGAUUCUUAAAACUACGUCUCAAGCUUUUUGAAUUCGUACAAGCGUUUGAUAGGGCUCUUGCAAAACUUCGUCAUAACGAGGCUAAGGGACAAGUUGAAAGUGUGAAUAGUACUCCGGUUCUUUCUACAUGCAUGAAACGAAUUGAAAAACAUGCGGCUGAUACAUAUACUCGGGGCAUAUUUAACAAGUUUCUCAAAGAAAUUAAGAAAGAGCAAUCAUUGUUUAAGGUGGAUAAAGUUGAGUUUGAAGAUUUUCGGAUUUACUACUUAUCUCGAUACCAACAGCCGGACGCCACGUGGAGUGUCAACUAUCAGCCGAAUGAUGGCAUCAUGAAAUGCUCUUGCUUGAAAUUUGAGUCAAUUGGGUUUCCAUGUCAGCAUAUGAUCUCAGUAAUGAAAAUGGAGCAUAUGAGAGAAAUUCCCUCUUGUUUGAUCUUACAAAGGUGGACAAAAACGGCGAAAUCCUUCCCUCUACAUGGCAGCACACCAAUGCCAGAAUGGGUCACGCAAACGACAAGGUUUGGGGCAUUGUCAAGCGCAUGUGUCGAAAUGUGUUAUUAUGCUUCUCACAUAACGAAGGGAUAUAAUGAGAUCAAAGAAGAAAUCACCAAGUUAACAUCCAGAAUGAGGGAGCUCUAUGUGUUACAUGUUGAGGAGGAGAAAAGAAAUAUGAGACAAAACGACAAUGUUGAGGGGACAUCUAUGCAUUUUGGUGUUGGCGACCCAGUCAUUAUCAAAGGUAAAGGGACCCAUAAUUUGGCCAAGGACUUCAUCCCGAAAAUAAGAAAAUGUGGCAAUUGUAGAGAACCUGGUCACAUAAGAACCAAAUGCCCCAAAUUAGUGCAUGGAGAUAAUGUGGGAAACAUGAAUGAGGAUGAAGACACAUAUGAAUCAGAUGUGAGCGUUAUUCACCAACAAUCAUUUACCGGGCGAGACUCAUCGAUAUAUCACCCAUCGUUUAUUCACACUGAUUACACAACCAAUGGUUGUGAAUCCAGUGUCAACCCUAAUUUGACUGCUAACUGGUCAAGAAAUUCCGAGAGUGUUCAAGCUCAGUUCUAUGGCAGCAACGUUGGAGGAUGGGAAGAUGAUUUCGGACAAGAUUUGUGAAGGAUAAAUGUAACCUUUAUUUGUAGUAAGGCAUUGAGUAG